CGCGCCGCUGCCUCCGUCGCGUCGGGGCUGGCCGCGUCUCCUCGGUGCCGCUAUGUCCUUGUGGGUGGGCAGGCUCGGUCCGGCUGCGGCCGCCGCCGCUCGGGGUCAUCUGAGGAGUGCCGUCGUGCCGGCGGCAAGAAUUCAUGUUAGCCCUGAGCGGAAUUUGGAGUAUGGUUGGUUGGCUUAUAUGUUGGGAGAAAGAACUACGAAAAAGUUCACUGAAUACAGCAAAGUCUUCACAGUGGAGGGGAACUUAUCCUCUGGGAAGGGCAAGCUUGCACAAAAAAUAGCAGAAAAACUAGGAAUGAAGUAUUUCCCAGAAGCAGACAUCCAUUAUCUAAAUACAAUCUCGGGAGAUGGAUCACAGCUGCCUGAGAAAUUUAAUGGUUUCUGUAACCUUGAGAGGUUUUACAAUGAUCCGAAAUGUGCUGAUGGACAUUCUUAUCGACUGCAGGCUUGGCUGUUUGGCAACCGUGUUUUACAGUACGCUGAUGCUUUGGAGCAUCUGCUGGCUACAGGACAAGGCGUGGUGAUGGAGCGCUCUCCCUACAGUGACUUUGUGUUUCUGGAUGCAAUGUUUAAACAAGGCUAUAUCCACAAACGCUGUCUUGAUCACUACAAGGAGAUCAAAGAGAUCAGCAUUUGUGAAUUCUUGCCACCGCAUUUGGUUAUCUAUGUAGAUGUACCUGUCCCAGAGGUACAGAAGAGGAUUCAAGAGAAAGGAGAGCCUUAUGAGAAAAAGGUGUCUCCCUUGUAUCUACAGGACAUUGAGGAUGCUUACAAGAAAACCUUCUUGCCGGAGAUCAGUGAGACCACUGAAAUUCUGCAGUACACAGGAUCUGAGGCAGAGGACAUAGAGAAGGUAAUCGAAGACAUUGAGUACCUGAAGUUCGACAAGGGGCCAUGGCUGGAGCAGGAUGAUGUUGCUUUCCAUAAUUUGAGGCUGUAUGUCCAGGACAAACGUAAAGUGGUGGAUCCUGUGGCCAUCCCUCGCUUCAUUCCAGAAAUCACAAUUGGAGGCAGUGAAUAUGAUAAAAUCUACUACGAAUAUCGAUCGCUUCCUGGUCGCAAUUAUAGGCAAGGCUACAACGCUGAAGUUGGAGACAAGUGGAUCUGGCUGAAAUGAAUCUGUUCCCUUCGGAGCCCAAAUCACGAUGGACCACAGAGGUUGAAUGAAGAAGCAGAAUUCAGUGUGCCUGUUCCACAUCAGUCAUGUAGCACAAAGAAAAUGCUGAUUAAAUCAUCUUCCACUUACUGCAUAAGAGAAUAGACUACUGGAAGGGAAAUCACUUUUUUCUGGUUUGUUCUUCCCUGAUGAAUUCAGGGUGCUUUGACUUGAGAUGUUGAAAUACAGUUGGUGUGUGAUAGCAAAGUGAUCUGGUGUUCUAGGGGCAGGCUUAAGAUCAGUGCUGAACUUUGUCUUCAUCAAAACUGUGGUGGCUUAUUGUACAGGAUUGUUGUUGUUUUAGCAAAUCAAGAGAAAUUAAACCUGUAUCCUCUUGGCUCUCA